AUGGGCAAGCCAAGGCGCGCCAUCCAGACGGCAGCGCAGGAGUCACUGACACCUCCGGACGAGCUGACCGCAACCCAAUCCGUCGCCCGUGUCGUCAAAGCCGAGGGCAGCAGCCUCUUCACGUGUGAGCUGCCGAACGGAAAGCCCGUCACCGUCGAGCUCGACCCCAAGUUUCGAAACACCAUCUUCAUCAUCCGAGGCGGAUAUGUGCUGGUGGAUCUAGCGUCUGUCGAGGAGCGGCCGAGCAAUAGCAGGGUGGCCGGUGCAAUCAUCAACAUCGUGCGCGAUGAGAAGGCGUGGCGGAAGCAACUUUACUGGCCAAAGGAGUUCGCCAUGAGGAACACGUACGCCGAGGAGGAGGACGACGAGUCAAACACAGGCAAGAUGCCACCCAGCGACUCGGAAGAGGAGGAAGGGUCAUGA